AUGAAUUCGAGCUUCAAAGAUUCAGAAAUUAAAGCUUGGAAACAAAAAGUUGCCAUUGAAAAAUGUUAUGAUAAGCUAUUUAAAAAAAUAAGUCCGAAAGGACAUGAAAUAUUAGAACAUCCAGAACAUCUUGAAUUUUUACAUUGUAAAGGAUUUGAUAAUUGCAUAGUAUUAUCCAAGAAACUUGGAGAAAAAUUUCAUCUUGUUAGAUGGGAUUAUCGAGGAACUGGACGAAGUGAUGUCAAAGCGUACUCACUUGAAUUGAAUUAUGAAUUUUCAACAAUUUCUCAUGGAUUAUCGAAUUUUAGCAUCACAACGUCUGAUCAAUUUCGUGCUUUAAAGCUUGGUAUUGUACCACUUGGAUAUCGAAAAUUUGAAGUUAAACCAUUUGAUUUUGAAGAUUUUUUUAGUUCUUUAGAUAUUCCAACAUUAAAUUUUAUCGGGGAGAAAGAUAAUUUAAUUACGCUUGAUCAUAGUUUAUAA